UUAAUCCUCAUGUUUUACCAAGAAUUCUGCAUUUUGCCCACCCGUAACAUUGCAGUGUUAUCGCAGUUGCGAUGGCUUCACAAGGAUGCAAGCGAUGCCCUCAGCACACUACCCAUCUUCAGCCGCAGCAGCACUGCCUCCACUGCCCCCUCCGCCGUCACUGCCACCACUGCCCUCUCCACAAUCCCCACUUUCACGCUUUCAACUUACUCAAACCUCAAUUUCAACCAUGUUUCGCUCCCUUUCAGAAAACGCAUCCCAAUUUUGAGCCUCUGCAUAAUCAUCAUCAUCAUCAACAACAACAACAGCCCAUUUCUUCUGAUUCUCCGAUUCCACAAGAGCUGGAGCAUAUAGAUCAUGAUGGUGAGGAAGAGGAUGAUGAUCCAGUUUUUGUUCUAACCGAUGAAUGGAGGGAGUUCUUUGCAAAAUCUGAAGCUAGGAGAAAAUUGGAGAAAAAGAAGCAGAGCAAGAAGGGAAAGAAGUAAAUAUGGAGAGAAAUGUUUGCUAACAAUACUGUUUGGUGGUGGUCAAGUGGUUGUGGAGUUGAUGUAGAGAAGGAAUUUUGCUUAUGCAGUGCUCUUAUAUUUGUAGUUCAGUUCUUGCUUUGUAAGAUGGUGUCACUUUCUAAAUUUCAUCAACUAAUGUCCGACAUGUAAAGAAUUUGUUCGAAUUUCCCAAGUAA